UCAGAAAAGAGCGAGGAAAAAUUAAAUGGCGAAACUGUACAAAAAGAGCAGAAAAAAGAAUUCGAAUCUUAUAAACAGAUUCGUUGCUAUAAGUGCCACAAACUCGGACAUAUCGCCGUGAACUGCGGGAAGACUAAGGUAGUUUUUUCCUACGUGGACGAAAAAGACGAGAACUUGGAGCUUUUACGCCCAUAUCUUCACGACCUGCACGUUAAUGGAAAACCAUGCAGGGUGCUACGAGACAGUGCCGCCACCAUGGACAUUGUCCAUCCGUCUUACGUGACGGUGGAUGACUUCACGGGAGAAGUGGCAUGGAUUAAGCAGGUUGCGGAGAAACAUAGCGUGUGUCUGCCGAUGGCGAAAGUAAAAAUCAGUGGACCGUUCGGGGAGCUCGUGACUGAGACUGCAGUUUCCAAAUUCUUGUCGCUGCAGUACCCUUACAUUUUUUCUAAUCGGUCGGACCAGUUACUGCGGGAAAAAGGGCUGAAACUUGGAGAGGGUGUAGUACAGGCGUUGACGCGAUCUCAAGCUCGUCAAAUCGCAUCGCUUUCCUCUGAAAAUGCAAAAGCCGCUUCUGCAGAAGUAACAAAGGAGGUAACCUCGGCAACAGAAACCGAGCUAGGCUCGAAGGAAGAAAAAUCGGUUGAGGAAAUCCUGCCAGCUGACCAGCUCAACGCGAGUGUAUCACAAGACAGGUGUCAGAGUUCAUGCCUGCAGGGAGAGGCAGCUGAUGUACUCGCGAACGAGACAGGGUUGUUACUGUCACCAGCCUCAAAGAACUUCGAUCGGCUAUUACGUGUAGACAGAGAGUCACUGGCAGCCGAGCAAAAAAAUGACACCAGCCUAGCUAAAUUACAUGUAACAGCUAAAGAAGGCAUUGCUAGGCGCAACGUGACGAUACACGAGAAAGGAGGGUUGUUAUAUCGGCACUACAGAGACCGAAAGGGCAGGAUUCUUGAUCUGUUGGUCGUGCCUACUAAGUAUAGGGAGGACCUUUUGGGUCUCUGUCAUGGAAAUGGGUGGUCUGGCCACCUAGGCAUAAACAAAUCCAAGGAGAGAUUGCUUAUGGAAUACUACUGGCCUGGCUGUUUCAAAGAUGUCGAGAACUUUGUGAGAUCUGCGAUGCCUGCCAGCGCUCGGGUAAACCAGGAGAAACGUGGAAAGCUCCAUUAAAGGUGGUGCCUUUAAUAUCAGAACCUUUCAGACGACUUGUGAUAGACACGGUAGGGCCUCUACCCAAGACAAAAUCGGGUUACAGGUACUUGUUUACCAUGCUGUGUCCGGCCACAAAGUUCCCAGAGGCAAUCCCUCUGAAAGAACUUAGCUCCACGGAAGUAGUGGACGCGCUUUUGACCGUAUUCGCCCGAGUGGGAUUUCCAGCAGAAAUUCAGGCGGAUCAAGGGUCAGUAUUCACCAGCUCAUUGACUUCCACAUUCUUACAAAGGUGCGGGAUAAGUUAAUACACAGUUCAGUCUACCACCCUCAGUCUAAUAGCGUAGAGAGGUGGCAUUCCGUGCUGAAGCGAGUUUUGCGGGCACUCUGUUACGAGCACAAGGAGGACUGGGAGAAUUGUCUUCCGGCUACUUUAUUUGCUUUGCGAACGGUUCCUCAUGAGGCUACAGGGUUCUCGCCAGCAGAACUAGUGUAUGGGAGGACACUCCGCUCCCCACUGAGAAUGUUGAGAGAGAUGUGGGAAGAAAGAGGAGAGAGUCAAACA